GUUGCCCCCACGUCUGCCCCACCCGGUACUCACCACCAAAAGUGCAUCUGGCUACUGCUAGACGAACGCGCACUAGGACAAGGUAGAAUCGAACAUGUUUAUGCCAAUUUGCUGUUCCUCUCUCUAUUAAUUGAUAUUGUUCACUAAUCAAAGGUUCUUCAUAAGGUAAAUUUAUCGAAUGUCGUUGGAGGAGGAUGACGAUGUGGCUUUUUUCACGAAGCCCAUCAAAAAGCCUGCGUUGAGUUUUCAUGCUCUUUCAGACUUGUCUGGGUCGGACACGUUGGAUGACGAGGAUGAUGACGAUGAUGUGGACUUUUUUCGCUCGGGAAGUCGGCAUCGUUUAAGGAAAGCGAAAACGGAUCCAAAGGGUUCUGGCGAGAAGGAGGUCUUAAAACGAAAAGGAACAUUCAAAGAUGGUCCCAAGGAGAAGAGUCCGACCGGCGCAAUAAAAACAGUACAAUCAUCUGCGGCCCGUGUUGAGACUGGCACUGCUGCUUCAACGUCUAUUGUCAUUGAUGAGUCGGACGAGGAUGAAGAUCAAGCCUUAGACUCGAAAGAAGUGGAGGAAAUUGUUCACAUUGAUGAACAAAAGCCUUCAUCUCCAUACGGCCCGUCACUAGCGGCGACGACGGCAGCUGCCCCAACAACAACAUCUUUGGUCUCUUUCUUAACGGAAGAAGAUGAAGAGUUUGAACGCAGAUUGCUGGAGGUUGAACGACACGUGGAGGAAUUUCAGCAAACAGCAGUGGCAGGAACAGGACUAGGAACCGUUGGAACUGAGGGGGCAAUACCCGCUCCUAACUCGGAGUCUUUACAAACCUCUAGAGAGAGUUCAAUAGGGUUAGCAGCACCGGCGACCUCAUUCGCUACGUCCCUUACUAACGGAAACGAUACUAGCGUUGUGAGUAGCAUAUCUUCUAUCGACGGCAGUAGUGCAACACCUGCUGUACUCCUGCAGUUAGCAGUUAUUGGACAACGUGUUGCUGAGAGUAAGACGGAUUUGCCGAAAGACUGGGACAAGCCUCUCAUCUUCAAAAUCAAGUCGAAUCAGGAGUUUCGGCGUCUUAAACUUGUUUACUGUCAACGAAAAAACAUCCCAGAGGUCGUUUUGACCUUCCAAGGCAAACGGCUUUGGGACUUUGGCACGCCGAAAGGUGCUGGAAUGCUGAAAGUCGAUACCCGACUUGUUAUACAUGCGUACGAGGUUAAUGAUUACAAGCUCGUAUGUACCAACCGGAUUUUACAAGACACAAAACUGCUACACAGCGACCACUCGGAUAGUGAAGAUGACGGGGAACCAGCAAAACUUUUGCACUUGCUUCUAAGAUCCAAGUCAAAUCCCGACAUACGCAUUUCCAUGCCCCCCAAUGUUACAGUGGAUACACUCAUUAAGGAGUACUGUAAGCAGGCAAACAUCCCAUACAAAACUAGCAUUCGGUUAGAAUUUGAAGGUGAUUGGCUUGACCCCAAAGAUAACAUUCAGGACUUAGACUUGGAGGACGAUGACCAGCUGAAUGUUAUUCUUUAGGCUACUGCAGGACAGUAAUUUUCAUUUUCAGCAGUCUAAUUGUCCUUCCCCGACUACCAGAAACACGAUUAUCUCCAAAAGUUUCGACGCAUCCAUCUCACAUUCGUGUCACGUAAAUACCACAAAAAAAAAUAAAUAUAUAUCAUAGAACCUAAUGUCUCAUUGAUAAGUCCUUCUUCUGUAUCAGAUUUCCUCUCGUAAAAAAUAACUCGCAUAAUCCAUUCUUUUUUUUAUAUGAACUUGUCUCAUUAAGAUCCAAAC